UAGGCGAAUGCAGCAUUUGGAAUGGCUGUGCAUGAUAAAUGUAAAUUGAAGUUCGUGAAGUCAAAAGCGAAGAGGAAUUACCGGUUUAUUAUUUUCAAGAUUGAGGAUCAAGAAGUGGUGGUGGAGAAACUAGGAAGCCUAGAUGAAACCUAUGACGACUUUACUGAGUAUCUGCCUACCAAUGAGUGCCGCUAUGCUGUCUAUGAUUUUGAUUUCAUCACUGAUGAGAAUUGCCAGAAAAGCAAGAUUUUUUUCAUUGCAUGGUCACCUAAUACAUCAAAGGUGAGAAGUAAGAUGGUCUAUGCUAGCUCCAAGGAUAGAUUCAAGAGGGAUAUGGAUGGCAUUCAAGUUGAGUUGCAAGCAACAGAUCCUAGUGAAACGAGCCUUGACAUUAUAAAAGGGCGAGCACUUUAA